AGAUGGCCGAGCACUUGAAGACCAGCGAGGCGGAGAUUACUGAGCUAGUUGGCGAGUACUUCCGACUGCGCCAUGCUACCGAGGUCUACCGUCAGAUGUUAGCGGACAAGCUCGGCAUGAUGGACGUGUCAUAGGCUCUUCUUCCUUCUAUGUAUCAAUAGGUCCCUUUCGCUUUCGAUCUUUGCUUUGUACUGGUGCAUGUGUUGUAUCGUCUAGGAUCUGCUGUCGAGGCCUCAGGCCAUUCUGGGUGAUUUCCCGCCUUCAUCUAUUAUUUGUGGACCCGUUUCGGCACCUCCCGACCCUAGUUUUCCACGGUUGAACUGUUGUUACUCUUUGCUCUUUCUAUGUCGAUUGAUCUCAGCCUCGACCGCAUCCGUCUCCUGGCGGAACAUCUGCCUUAUACGCGACCUACGAUACAUAUCGCUGGCACCAAUGGCAAAGGAAGCGUCUCCGCGAUAACCUCGUCUAUCCUUUCUGCUGCUCGGCUGUCCGUCGGGCGCUUCAAUAGCCCGCAUCUGGUGUCCAUCUACGACUGUAUCGCUCUGAAUGGGAAGCCUGUCGAUGCGGAAACCUACAACCGCGUCCGCCAGGAAGUAGAGACCGCGAACGCCUCUCACGGCACCAGACUCAGCAACUUCGAGCUCUUGACGCUCACCGCCCUUCGCAUCUUCGAGCACGCCGCCGUGGAUGUGGCCGUUAUCGAAGUGGGCAUGGGUGGCCGGCUGGACGCGACGAACGUGAUCUCGGACGACUGCGUGCUAGUGAGCGCAUUGUGCGCCGUCGACCUCGACCACCAGGCGUUUCUGGGGAACACGGUGGAGGCGAUUGCGAGGGAGAAGGCGGGCAUCGGGAGGAGAGGGAAGCCGCUUGUACUGGGGAGGCAGAAACAUCCGGAGGUGUUGGAUGCGGUGAAGGAGGUCGCGGAGGCGGGUGGCAUUCCGCUGAUAGUGGCAAGGUCUGCGAGAGAGGGGGGUUGGAACCGGGAGGUGGAUGCGACGCCUUCGCCGCUUUCGGAUGACUUCGCGGGCCUGCCGCCGAGGCCUGUUGAGGUUUACAUGUGUGAUAUGGGCACAUGGGACUGGGUGCCCCUGCAGUUCCCUCUGCAUGGUGCGCACCAACUGGACAACCUCGGCCUCGCCACCGCGAUCAUGUCCGCCGCGCGAGAACGCAAGCCAGAAUGGAGUAUUACAGCGCAAGCCAUCGCAGACGGCGUCCGCUCGGUCUCCUGGCCCGGCCGUCUCUCGUUCCACCGCAUCGCCAUCGACGGCAAGAAACUCACCAUCCUCGUCGACGGCGCGCAUAAUCCUGCGUCCGCGGAGACGCUCGCGCAGUUCGUCGCCGAUGAGCUGUUGGGCCGCUGUCGAGGCGCGGAGCGGGUCACGGUGAACUACAUCCUCGGUCUCUCGCACUCGCCGCCGAAGACGCCGAAGCAGACGCUGUCUGCGCUGCUACCUCCUCGAGGGCCGGACGGGCUGCAGGUCGACGUGAAUGUGGCGCUGGUGCCCUUUACGCAGCCGGAGGGGAUGCCUUGGGUCGUGCAUACGCCGCCGGAGGUCAUGCAGGAGGUGGUGAAGGAGCUAGUGCCCGGGGCCGAUACGUUCGUGUCGACGGAGUCGCAGCCAGAGGCACUGCAACAGGCUUUGAGAUGGGUGAGGGCGAAGGGAGGGAUUACAGUCCUGGCGGGAAGCUUGUACCUGGUGGCAGAUUUUUACAGGCUCGCGCAGCAUGUAUGACAACAGUUUGCAGGAGAUGUGU